CCCUUAUCCCCUCCCUCUAGUCACGUUCUCUCCCCUCCCCUUCCUCCUGACACACCCACCCACCUCCCUCGACUUCGAUCUAGAUCGGGAAGCCCCGGCCGCCCGCCUCUUCCUCUCCCUCCCGACCACGGCGAGCCCCCUUCCCCCUCCCUCACACCAGAUCCAGGGCAUGGAGCCGUGGUGAGCUCCUUCCCCAACCCUCCUCACCGGAUCCAGAGGAGAGCUGGUGACCACGUCCUCCGGCGAGGGUGUUACUCCGGAGUGUGGAGGCCGCCGAGCUGCAGGAGGAGGAGCUCUCCGCCACCCCAAGGCCCCAGAUCCAGCCGCCACGGCCAUAGCCGGGCUUCCAGACCCUCGUCGUCGUUGAGCUGGCCCAUGAUCGAUGAACGGCGGUGGCUCCGGCGGCAAGGCCAAGGUGCCGCAGGCGAUGGCGCCGGUGGAGGGUGGUUUCUUCUCCACGUCCACGCGCCGGGAGAGGAAGCAGCCUCUCGUUGUUCUGCACCAAGUUCGGCAAUAGGGGACGCGCAGCCGUCCUCCUCCUCCUCUGCAUCCAUGGCGCUCAUCCCGAAAGGGGAGGUACCGCUGGAGCUCUAAGGCGGCCUUAAACACCACCGAUCUGGUCGGAGGUUGGGCAGAUAAGGCCCUGCGUCUCCUGCUCCUUCCCAUGUCAUCGUUGGAGGAGAGGAUGAUGGUGAAGCAACAGAGGAUGAUGGUGCCCGGCCAUGGCGAGCGAGGAAGCCCCAAGAUUGAUAGGUGGCUCCCUCCUGUCGUAUGGAUUUGGGGCGUAUUUCAAGCAGGUAAUAACCUACUCUGAUGCUUUCGCUCUAAGAGAAAAGUGUGCCACCCCUAUCCUCAAGCAGGACAACGAGUUCAUCUGCGGCAGCUAUAGCUGUGAGCAGUCCGUCCGCGACGCGCUCCGCAGCGUCUUCGCCGGGCACAACGAGAUCCUCGACGUCUGGAAGGAUAAAGUGAAGAAAAAGAAGAAAAGAAUACUAGAAGAUUAGUUUUAGGAUUUUCUUUUAUUUCCUUGCAAUUUUCCUUUUAUUGGAUACUUGUAAAGGCAUUGUAAUAUUCUUACUAUAAUAAAAAUUAUGAUUCUAUUUCA